AACAAUCCGAGUGGAGUUUUCAGCAUUUUUUCAGCGCAAUUUUUAUUUUGCAUAGUAAUUUUCUGUAAUCAAAUUGGGCCAAAAGCAAACGUUUACUUGCGGAACGUGUAUGAAGUGAAGCGGCAAUAUUUUUCUAUCUAUAGCAGGCAAAAAAUGGUUUGCUUAAAGUGCUGAGCGCGUGUCACAAAACUAGCCCCAAGCGAGCAAUGUUCUAAAUGGUGCUCUUGGACUUUUUUACAUUAGAUUAAGUGAUUCAAAGUGGAAACAAAUAGCUUCAGACCGAUGACCGAUGUUUGUAUGCGCAAAUCUCUAUGUGCCUUUUAAAUCAAUAACUUAAGAAUUCGUGAAAAGUAAAAAAUCGUGUUUCGCGCAUUGAUCCGCGAUCCGCCGGCAGUUAGCGCCAUCGAUUUUGCAAUAGACAACUCUACCAAUAACAACAAAACAUUCGGAAACCCACAUAUGUAAAUAGGUUGUUGUGAUUAUGGGCUAUUGAAUUGUAAACUAUCACCUCUAUUUAUUAUCAACAAUUCAGUGAUCAUCCAAAUUAUCCAACCAACAGUAUUUGUUGAUGUUUUCUGUGGUUAGUGGAAGUGUAAGUGGUGGCAGCGGGUUUGGUGAAGAGAAGCGCCUUGACGCUAUGAAUGCCGUUUGUGUAUAUGUGUCCACGGCGCAACUAGUAUUGCAGUCCGAUACAACAGAGAGUAACGGACUUGGCGAACAACGUAUGCUUGAUCUUAGCCGUUUAUUUGGCCAACUAAGGCAACUGCUAUCGUGUGCUGUAUGUGCCCGUCUACUAAAUGACCCGUACGCACCACUUAAUAAUGCCCGCUGUCACCACAAUGUAUGCCGGCUAUGUGUGCGCGGCCGAAAAGCUCUGCGUCCACUAUGUAUAAGUUGUAAAGAUCUGCAAGAUUUCAAAACGUAUGCUGAAAAUAAGACGAUGCGUUGUUUACUGCUCUGCUACAAAAGUCUUUGUGAACAUUUAUUGGGUACCAACUUUUACGCUCAGCUCAGUCGGCAAAAGGCGCAUCAAGCGUUAACUUGCAGCGGAGAGAACGUAUUCGGUGUAGCGCCAAUGCCACACAUGACAACUUGCGGCGACAUAAUUCAGGAAGGUUCCCGCUAUGAGGAUGUAUUGAAUGCCUUCAACGCUGACUUACCUCCAGUCACGCCGGUACUAAAAAUACCACAACCGCUUGUCACUGCGCCCGCAGUAGGACCAAUGGUUACGAGCCAAACCAUGCCCAUCUCCGUUAGUGCAGUUACGCCUUUAGCACCGCUUUCCGUGCCUCCCAGGAGAUUACAUACCCAAACUGCACCACGAUUAGCCACGCCUCCUAACCCACCGGCAGCAAUCAGCAACAGCUCCUCCGCAUUAUUGCCAACACACAACACAAUUAUAAAACUGGAACAUUUAAACACUAAUCUCACUUCUACGAACAGCAACACGCAUUUCGUUAUGGCAUCAAAAGUGAAUUCAACUGUGUCACAACAACCACAUACUCAAUCACAUAUGGUAUAUGUGAAGAGUAUGAAGCCGGGAGUCAGCGAAUCGAGUAGUGUUCAUGCGUCACAGCUUCGCACCACACAACCGCUUGCGGGAAGCAGUAACAACAGUGUAGCGAACCUUUCUUCGUCGCCGACAAUUACAUACGUUGGACCAAACACGCCUGGAAUUGUGGUACCCAUUGUCUCUUCUUCGGCCACAACCACUGCACCCUUAACUAUAGCAUCAGCCAAGUUACAAACGCUUAAACGUCAAUUGGCGCAAGCGCAAGCUCGUGGUGGCGGACCAAUCAGUUUGGCGUCGGCGGUGAAGGCUGCUGGUUUAACGCAAUUAGAUGGACAUGGGGCACUUACUUUCAAAGUAACGGCAUCAACUGCGCCUGUAACAUCAGCUACAAUCUCGUCGGCUACUGUUACCACAAUUACAACACCCACAUCGAUAACCUCCACCUGUCCAACAACAACCACUGCCACAAUAACUUCACAACAAAUACGAAAUCCACCUUCGAUAAAAACGGUAUCCAAUGGCUCGGCAAUGUACUCGGUGCUGUAUACCGGGGUAGGAAAUAAGAUAACAAUUAAAAGGAAGACUGAUGGUGAUGAGGAAAAUGGACAGAGAAAAAACGUUGCGACCUCAAUCUCCAGUUCUUCAGUGUCUACACCAACACUUGCUUCAACGAGCAACACAGUUGGCACAAUGCAACAGCAAAAUCCGGCCAACAAGUUGAACGCAAAACGCCGUGGGUGCCGAUGCGGUAAUGCCACUCCUACACCGGGUAAAUUGACUUGCUGUGGUCAGCGUUGCCCCUGCUAUGUAGAUUCCAAGUCUUGUAUUGGCUGCAAAUGUCGUGGCUGCAGAAAUCCUCAUCGUCCUGAUGGUGGCAAAGUGCGUCCGGUAAUACCCGAACUGGCUUGCUAUGAAAUUCAAAUGGCGGAUGAAACCCCAAGUUUGAGCCCAAGCGAUUUGCAAGUGGGUAAUACGCUUACCACGCGUACUCAUAGUAUUUCAACGGCAACAGCAACUUCGCCCAUUCAACUUUCUACACAUCAACAGACCACAGCAAUUGUGUCUGAGCAACAUGGAUCUACGUCCACAACAUUGCCAUCGUCGUCGGUGGCAACGGUGGCAUCGCAACUGCAUUUGACAUCAAGCUCUUCAUCGCCGUCUUCCAAAGGUGCAACGCUGAUACCAUUCAUUAGUUUGCAUCCCAUUUCUUCACAGCAUACGCAACAACACCAACAACAACAACAGCAAACAACAAACAGCACAAAUAUUGGUAGCAACCAACAGCAAACUAAUAUGCUGCCACUUGAAUCGGUGCUCAUUCAAAAUGCCGACGGUAAAUAUCAAGUUGUGAAUGUCCUAACCACGGGGCCCACACACCAUCAACAAAAUAAUACCAGUAUCCAGCGUAUCCAUAGUAUUCCCCAGCUACAAGUGGCAACGUCAGUCAGUAGUAGUAGUAAUAGUAGUGCUACCAGCAACAACAAUAACCACACUCUAUUGAGUAACUUGUCGACAGUAAAUAUUUUAUCUAAUACAACCAGCAGUACCGCGGCGACUACGCCAGUUACUGUAACAACAAAAAGCGUUUUGAUGCAUCAACAAAAUCAUGCAAAUCGUUUGCAGCAGCAACAACAUCAAUUACAACAAAAGCACCAUCAGCAACAAAUGCAUGCACAACGUCUGACCUCUUCCAAUAUCAUAACAACCUCUACCAAUAACACAACCAAUUCAGGUGUUAGCAAUUACAGUGCAACGACCACGAUACCCAUACAACUGCAACAUCACAAUCAACAGCAUCACCACCAGCAGCAGCAGCAGCAGCAGCACACCCAACAACAGCAACCACAACACCAACGCCAACUGCAUCAAACCCAUCAUCAUACACAUAAUCAACAAUUAAAAUCUAACAUUAUUACAAUGCGUUCUACAAGUGUUAACAACAACAACCACAACAACGCCCGUCAAUCACAAAACCUCACACCGUUACUGUCAUCAAAUGCCUCAGGCACAACCAUAACCCUAUCGCCUAUCCUAAUGUCCUCUUCGCCGAACACAUUCAAGGCCGAACUAUUUUCGGAUUCCUCCGAAUCCGAUUUUAUGAACUUUACUACGGGCGCUGUUACAUCAACGUCUGUCGUUAAUAAUGGCGGUAGCAAUAGCAAUGGCAACAACAACAUCAAUUCCAACAUGAUAUCUACUAUCUACAACAACCAUAGUGGCCUCCAAAGUACGCCAACGACAACACGAAUCACAUCAUUACCAUCACUGAGUAGUGGCAGUACAGGUAGCGCGAGUGGCAGUGCCAGUCGCAUGAGUUUGGGUAUGAACAUGAAUAUCAGCGGGUCAGGAUCGCACAUAACGCCUGCUUUGCUGGAAGUAAUUGAAGCGAGUGAUUUGUAAAGGGACGAUCAAAAUGUGGCAGCUGUAAUGGAAUAAACAAAUUUAUCCAAGUGUGCGGGGAAUCUACGCUCAGGCUGGAGAUUUGCGCGCGAAAUUUGCACAAAAAACAUGGCGGAAUGUAAAGGGUUUCGAAUUAGCGAUGUUGGCAAAUUGGAGCUCAGUAUUUACAUAUGUAAAUCUAGGUAAAUUUCAUAUACAUAGAUACUAGCGACGGGUAUUAGGUGUUCUUUAUUUACUCGUAUCUCUGGCAAAAAAAAAACAAGAUGGCUGCAGUUUUAAUUUUACUUUCCUGCCAAGCGAAUGUAAUUAACUCUGUUGAUGUUGCAGGUCUGUAGAAAGUAAUAUUGUCUAUAUCAACUGUAAUUGUGUUGCUAAAGAAGUCUUAAGUCAAAAAAGUGUGCUUCGUUAGUAACAGGAAAGACAA